GCGUCGUUUAUUCUUAAUCGGUGGACAAUUUUCCCAUUGUGAAGAUCAAGCUUGUGGUGAUUCACAAGUUCCUGCUGCCUCUCUCUGGUUUGCCGCUUUUUUGUUCACUCUCAACUCUCUGCCGAUGAAUUGAAGUUUGUUCUUCUCUCCCUUUGUUUGUUAUCAUUUAUCGCACUUGAAAAUCCAAAACCCUUGUUUGUUUUCUCUGUAAAUCCGACAAAUUUCUGGAAGCGACGGGAUUUUCUAUGUUCUUCGUGUAGAUGGCAUCGACCCUUUUGAGUAAAUCCCUUUUGGUUAAUCGAUUCGCUCAUUCUUUCUCCGCUCCAUCCGGCAAACCCCAGACUUUUGCUUCCUUCUUCAAUAAGAAAUUGUUUCACUCUCAAGUUAAUUCAGCCAGUGUAGCACAUAAUCCGACUCGGCGACUCUGUUCUUUCAUGGCUUCCUCUGUUGCUGGGGCUAGAUCUCAAUUUUCAACCAAAUCCUUAUCCACGGAUGAACCUGUUGUUUCCCCUGAUUGGCUCCAUUCAAAUCUCAAACAGCCUGACUUGAAGGUGUUAGAUGCAUCGUGGUACAUGCCAGAUGAACAGAGGAAUCCGAUUCAGGAGUACCAGGUUGCUCACAUCCCUGGUGCCCUUUUCUUUGAUAUUGACGGUGUAUCCGACCGAACUUCAAAGUUACCACAUAUGUUGCCAUCAGAGGAAGCUUUUGCUGCUGUUGUCUCCGCUCUUGGCAUUCAAAACGAAGAUGGUGUGGUUGUUUACGAUGGAAAAGGACUUUUUAGUGCCGCUCGUGUCUGGUGGAUGUUCAGAGUCUUUGGGCACGACAGAAUUUGGGUGCUAGAUGGAGGAUUGCCGAAAUGGCGUACGUUAGGAUAUGAUGUUGAAUCCAGUGCUUCUGGUGAUGCUAUUUUGAAAGCUACUGCUGCAAGUGAGGCAAUAGAGAAAAUUUAUCAGGGGCAAGCUGUUGGGCCUAUUACAUUCCAGACUAAGUUUCAGCCACAUCUGGUCUGGGACAUUGAGAAGGUUCAAGAGAAUAUUACAGGACAAACACACCAACAUGUAGACGCUCGAUCGAAGGCCAGAUUUGAUGGUGCUGUCCCAGAGCCUCGGAAAGGAAUCAGAAGUGGCCAUGUUCCUGGCAGCAAGUGCAUUCCUUUUGCCCAGAUGCUGGAUAGUUCACAGUCACUUUUACCAGCAGAUCAGCUCAAGAAACGUUUCGAACAAGAAGGCAUCUCUUUGGAAAAUCCUGUCGUAACGUCUUGUGGCACCGGCGUUACUGCCUGUAUUCUUGCAUUGGGCCUCCAUCGGCUUGGGAAACAUGAUGUUCCAGUCUAUGAUGGUUCUUGGACUGAAUGGGGAGCUCAUUCCGACACACCUGUUGACACUGCUUCAUAAGUGCUUCAACUUACAAUUUUUGUUCUUAGAGCUUUUUAAUUGAUCUCAGAACUCAGUUUACAUUUGUGCUGUCCUUUCUUUAUCAUGACGAUCAAACGUCCCGAUUAUCGAAACCCAUGUUUUAUUUGCUAAGCUAUGCUAAAAUUGUUUGAUCUUCCUUAA